AUGGAACGAAUUAUACAUCCCAACACAACUAAAGAGUAUCCACAAUGUGUAAAGAAUUUUUGGAAGUUUGCUAGAUUUUAUUCAUCAGAAAAACUAAUAGAUAUUUUCAGGGGAUCCAAUGGUUGCAAUAUACAAGCUCCUCAUAAGAACACACUUAAAACCUGGAACAAGGGACUAUUAUAUGGCCAUCUUUAUACUGAAGAGAGUAUCGAGAAACUGACCAAAGAAUUCACAUCUAAGAAAAAUCAAACUUCGUUUAGUUUAAUUAGUUGGGAUAUUGUUACCGUGCGAUCUUUAUUGACAUGUGUGAAGGGAAAUAUUUUUGGAUUUGAAAAUGGUCCUAAAUCAUUUUUAGAAUUAUUACAAUUAGAAAUAGAUAAUAUUGAUUUAUGUGGAAAAGUGGUAGUUUUUGAAUUGAUAGAUACAGCUGGUUAUUUCUCUCUUCCUGUAGCUGCAUUUAAUUUACCAGGAAAGAAUGCUCAGGCUGAGGUAUUGAAAUAUUUGCAAGAAAUAACUCAGAAAUGGAAUAGGAAUGACAUUGAAAUAGUUGGUAGUUGCGCGGAUGGAGAAUUUAAAAUUGAUACAGUCGAAAAUUAUAUGAAACAAUAUUAUACUGAGUGGUAUCAUGUUGAUGCUAAUAAAGAUUUAUAUCCAUUAAAGCAGGUCUCAAGGCUGAAUCACCUUAAAGGUGAAACAGUCCCUGAGCUUUAA